AUGAACAUUAUACUCGGAACAGCCAAAGGGUUGACCUAUUUGCACGAAGGACUUGAGCCCAAAGUUGUUCAUCGUGAUAUCAAAUCAAGCAACAUUUUGAUCGAUAGGCAAUGGAACCCAAAAGUUUCGGAUUUCGGCUUGGCCAAGCUUUUAGGCUCAGAAAGUAGUUAUGUCACCACCCGAGUCAUGGGAACAUUUGGGUAUGUUGCUCCUGAGUAUGCAAGUACUGGCAUGUUGAAUGAAAGAAGCGAUGUUUAUAGUUUUGGGAUUCUUAUUAUGGAGAUAAUUAGCGGUAGAAACCCUGUAGACUAUAGCCGACCUCAAGGAGAGGUGAACCUUGUUGAUUGGCUUAAAGCGAUGGUAACAAAUAGAACCGCUGAGGCAGUUUUGGAUCCUAAAAUCCCCGAGAAACCGUCUUCAAGAGCAUUGAAGCGUGUUCUUUUAGUAGCAUUACGCUGCGUUGAUCCAACUGCUCAAAAAAGGCCGAAGAUGGGUCACGUUAUUCACAUGCUUGAGGCCGAUGAUUUUCCUUUUAGAGAUGAACGGAGAGGGUCUCGAGAAACCGCAAGGGAGAGACCGUUUGAGAAACGACAUGUUGAGUCGGGUGAUAGUAGUGGAUAUGAAAGUAGCAUUCAAACAAGCAAAUCGGUAUGGAAAAGGGAAGAACAACUCUAGAAUCUACUCCCUUAAGUUAAGAGUUGACAUUUGUGUAUAAUGUUGUCGAUUCGUGCCAUUCAUGUAAGUUCACACGUUCACGAUUACUCAUUGUAGAGAUUUCAUAGCAUUAGCAUUUGGUUUUGAGUUUUCUGAGUUGUUAUGCUCAUAAUGCGUGUUUGUUUGAUUGAUUGAUUUUGUGUUCUUGGUUUAAUUUGAUCGGUGUUGCGUGCAAAAACAAGAUAAUAGAAAACGAAAAUUAGAUUUUAUUGUGAU